AUGAAGGAUCUCUACACUUUCGACUACAACGCUGAGAAUGCCCUCAAGACGUACACGGCUGUGAAGAAGGCUUACACAGAGCUCUUUGAUGAGCUCAAGAUCCCCUAUUUGGUUGCUGCUGCGGAUUCUGGGAACAUGGGCGGCAGCCUAAGUCACGAGUUCCACUUUGCUAGCAACAAGGGCGAGGACACGGUUAUCAGCUGUUCCAGCUGCGAUAGUGUCUACAAUGAGGAGCUUGCCGACGGCAAGGCCCAUAAUAUCGAUGACCAGCAGGUCCAAGUCGGUCACGCAUCCGGCUUUGACACCGGCGAAGUGUCCGGCGAAUCAGCGAAAGCAGUUUCUGUUGGCCUGUGGAUGGCGAUAUCACACGACAAAAACACACUGCUGCGCUGCUGGUAUCCGCAGUAUACCUUGAAGGACCCUAGUGAACCGCCAGCGGAAAGGGAAGUCAACUCCCAUGCCGUCAAAUCUAUAGCCAAGGCAGCCGGCAUAGACCUCGAUAUCAGUAUUGAGAACCCCCUGGAACAAUGGGCAACUCACAUUCAGUCAGAGGAGGCUUCCAGCCAGCGGCCCCGAGUGUUGGAUGUGUAUGACUCAUACGUACGGGCAUACAAGCGCCCUCCCUUGACGGACACGCUGGACGGGAUCAACCGCGCCGUUGAGGAUAUUGACUUUUCAAAACUCGAUCGCUUCCCAGGAACCAACAACUAUCUCAACCUUGUACGGGUGCACGAAGGCGACCAGUGCUCGAAAUGCGGCCAAGGUCUGACAAAGACCCACAAAGCCACCGAACUUGGUCACACGUUUCACCUUGGCACGCGAUACAGCGAUGUCCUCCAGGCUUCUGUGGUGGUUGACCGCGCUCACCUCGACGCAGGCGACCGUUUAUCGUCUCAAAAGGACCAGUUGGUCCCAAUGCAAAUGGGCUGUCACGGUAUCGGAGUAUCGCGCAUGAUCAGCGCGGUAGCAGACAACCUGGCAGAUUCCAAGGGACUCAACUGGCCCCGGGCGAUCGCUCCCUACGAAGUCAUCGUCGUCCCUGGUAAGGGAUUGGAAGAGGAAGCAGAGAAAAUAUACGACGCGCUCACCUCAGAGCCCACCACUGCCUUGGACGUCAUUCUGGACGACCGCGAUAAGCAGAUGGGCUGGAAGCUGGGCGACGCAGAUCUUAUUGGGUACCCUGUGAUUGUGGUCGUAGGCAAAGGCUGGAAAAAGCAGCGCACCCUGGAAGUGCAGUGUCGGCGACUUGAAGUACGUGAGGAUGUUGCCUUGGAGGCUCUGCCGGAGUUUGUGGGUUCUUUGCUUGAGAAGCUGUAG